CCCUCCCUCCCACUCCUCAGUUGAGCAAAAUUGUCUGAAAAUCUCGCAAAAAUCAAAUCUCUCCUUGUUUUCAGUGUUUUUGUCUGAAUUUUUCGUGGUUGAUCUGCUAUGGCGAAGAGCGAAGGACCGGCGAUUGGGAUCGACUUGGGCACGACAUACUCGUGCGUGGGGGUGUGGCAACACGACCGCGUGGAGAUCAUUGCAAAUGACCAGGGGAACAGGACGACGCCGUCUUACGUGGCCUUCACUGACACGGAGCGUCUGAUCGGCGAUGCGGCCAAGAACCAGGUCGCCAUGAACCCUACCAACACUGUUUUCGAUGCCAAGCGAUUAAUUGGUAGGAGGUACAGUGAUCCAUCGGUGCAGAGCGACAUUAAAUUGUGGCCAUUCAAGGUGAUUGCUGGGCCUGGGGACAAGCCCAUGAUCGUGGUCAAUUACAAGGGAGAAGAGAAGCAAUUUUCUGCGGAGGAAAUUUCCUCCAUGGUUCUCAUAAAGAUGAAGGAGAUCGCUGAGGCAUACCUUGGUACAACUAUUAAGAAUGCUGUUGUCACCGUCCCUGCAUACUUCAAUGACUCGCAGCGUCAAGCCACAAAGGACGCUGGUGUAAUUUCUGGCCUCAAUGUGAUGCGUAUCAUCAAUGAGCCAACCGCCGCUGCUAUUGCAUAUGGGCUUGACAAGAAGGCAAGUAGCUCUGGUGAAAAGAAUGUGCUCAUCUUCGAUCUUGGUGGUGGGACGUUUGAUGUCUCGCUUCUCACCAUUGAAGAGGGCAUCUUUGAAGUGAAAGCUACAGCUGGUGAUACCCACUUGGGAGGUGAAGAUUUUGAUAACAGGAUGGUGAACCAUUUCGUCCAGGAAUUCAAGAGGAAGAACAAGAAGGAUAUCAGUGGAAACCCCAGGGCUCUGAGGAGGUUGAGGACCGCUUGCGAGAGGGCUAAAAGAACUCUCUCAUCUACUGCGCAAACGACCAUUGAAAUUGAUUCUUUGUAUGAGGGUAUUGAUUUCUACUCGACAAUUACCCGAGCAAGAUUCGAGGAGCUUAACAUGGACUUAUUCAGAAAGUGUAUGGAGCCUGUGGAGAAGUGUUUGAGGGACGCUAAGAUGGACAAGAGCAGCGUCGAUGAAGUGGUUCUUGUUGGUGGGUCUACUAGGAUCCCCAAGGUUCAGCAAUUGUUGCAGGACUUCUUCAAUGGAAAGGAGCUUUGCAAGAGCAUUAACCCUGACGAGGCGGUUGCCUAUGGCGCUGCUGUUCAGGCCGCAAUUCUUAGCGGUGAGGGUAAUGAGAAGGUGCAGGACUUGUUGUUGCUGGAUGUUACUCCUCUUUCGCUUGGUUUGGAGACUGCCGGAGGUGUCAUGACUGUUUUGAUUCCAAGGAACACCACCAUUCCCACUAAGAAGGAACAGGUGUUCUCAACCUACUCCGAUAACCAGCCUGGCGUGCUGAUCCAGGUGUACGAGGGUGAAAGGAGCAGAACCCGCGAUAACAACUUGCUCGGCAAGUUCGAGCUCUCCGGCAUUCCUCCUGCGCCUAGGGGAGUCCCUCAAAUCAACGUGUGCUUCGACAUUGAUGCCAAUGGUAUUCUGAAUGUGUCUGCAGAGGAUAAAACCACUGGACAGAAGAACAAGAUUACAAUCACCAAUGACAAGGGCCGACUCUCCAAGGAAGAGAUUGAGAAGAUGGUCCAGGAGGCUGAGAAGUACAAGGCGGAGGAUGAGGAGCAUAAGAAGAAGGUCGAGGCUAAGAACGCACUGGAGAACUACGCUUACAACAUGAGGAAUACCAUCAAAGAUGAAAAGAUUUCUGCCAAGCUUCCGGCCAACGACAAGAAGAAGAUUGAGGAUGCUAUUGACCAGGCCAUCAAUUGGCUUGAUGGGAACCAGCUUGCUGAGGCUGAUGAGUUCGAAGACAAGAUGAAGGAGCUGGAGAGCAUCUGUAACCCGAUCAUUGCCAAGAUGUACCAAGGUGCCGGUGGUGAUAUGGGUGGAGCCAUGGAUGAGGAUGGUCCUACUACUGGAGGUGGAAGCGGUGCUGGCCCCAAGAUUGAGGAAGUUGAUUAAAUAUUUUAGCCUUCUAGUGCUUUUUGGGUUGUUCCUUUAGAUUGGGAACGAUCAUUUCUCUGCUUUUGUGAAUUUUCUUUUGUUUGAAAAACUCGAUGAUGGUAUAUGUUUGAAAAACUUGGUAUUUGAAGUAUUAAUAAUGUUCCUUUUAUUUUCCCUUA